AUGAUUAGCUAUAUCACAAGACAUAGAUAUCCAAAGUUAUUGUCACGUAUUAUGUCUACUCUGAAUCUCUCGCAGAAUGCUCCAAACAAGAAAAUAAAAUUAUCUGUUGAAAAUGAAGAUGUAAGUGGAAUUUCGUCAUCAAAAGUUACCACUACCGCAACAGUUGAAACCGCUACUAGACAACUCAAGAAUGAUAUGAAGCCUGAAACAGACUUACAGUCUAUGAUGCAAAAUAUAAUCAAUUCGAAGAAACCUAUUUGGAAACCUCUAGUUUGGAUAGAUUGUGAGAUGACCGGUUUAGAUGUUUUUCAGGACCAUAUUAUUGAAAUUUGUUGCGUUAUAACUGACGGGAACUUGGAAAUAAUAGACGAAAAAGGAUUUGAAUCUACGGUAUACUACCCGAAAGAAGUAUUGGAUGGAAUGAACGAAUGGUGUGUCAAUCAACAUGGAAAGUCAGGUUUGACUGCUAAAGUUCUAGAGAAUCCUCAAUGCAAAUUAUCUAAAAUUGAAGAUGAAUUGUUGGAAUACAUAAAGCAAUACGUGCAACCAAAUAAAGGUAUUAUGGCAGGUAAUUCUAUACAUAUGGAUAAAUUCUUUAUGAUGAGAGAAUUUCCAAAGAUUAUUGACUAUUUGCAUUACAGACUAAUUGAUGUUUCCUCUAUAAUGGAAGUUGGUUACAGACAUAAUCCAGGAUUAAUGAAAUUAUUUCCAAAGAAAGAAGGUAAUCAUACUGCUAGAUCUGAUAUUUUGGAAAGUAUUAAUCAAUUGAAAUGGUACAAGCAAAACUACCUUAAAAGUGAACUAGACACUAAAGAAUUGAUAGAAAAAAAUAAAAACUUGGAAAACGAAACCAACACCAACGAACAAUAG